CGGCCCCACCUGUCGCCAGCGGAGAGAGGGGCGGGAGGGGGAGGGGCUUGUCUCCUAGGGACCACCCCCCCUCCUGGUCCCCAAGCCCCGGGCACGCGACGAGAUAUAAAGCAGUCGGGGAAACAAUGCGCCUGCAGAUCGCGCUCCCGCGUCGAUCCCGGGAGCGUCCUGGCUGCUGUGUGCGAGCGAGGCGGGGGGAGAGCGCGCGGGGGGCGCGCUCGUGAGUGCGGGGCCGCGCGCUCGGUGGCGCGCAUGUGUGUGUGUGCGGGCUGCCGGGCUUCCCCGAGCCGGCGGGGAGCCGCUCCGCUCCAGGUGGCGGGCGGCGGGAGCGAGGGAGCGGACAUGGACUUCGACUCGUACCAGCACUAUUUCUACGACUAUGACUGCGGAGAGGAUUUCUACCGCUCCACGGCGCCCAGCGAGGACAUCUGGAAGAAAUUCGAGCUGGUGCCGUCGCCCCCCACGUCGCCGCCCUGGGGCUCAGGUCCCGGCGCCGGGGACCCAGCCUCUGGGAUUAGUCCCGGGGAGCCGUGGCCCGGAGGGGGUGCCGGGGACGAGGUGGAAUCUCGGGGCCAUUCGAAAGCUUGGGGCAGGAAUUAUGCUUCCAUCAUCCGCCGUGACUGCAUGUGGAGCGGCUUCUCCGCCCGGGAACGGCUGGAGAGAGUAGUGAGCGACCGGCUCGCCCCAGGCGCGCCCCGGGGGAACCUUCCCAAAGCGCCCGCCACCCCGGACUGCUCUCCCAGCCUGGAAGCCAGUAACCCGGCGCCCGCCACCCCAUGUCAGGUGGGCGAGCCCAAGACUCAGGCCUGCUCCGGGUCCGAGAGCCCCAGCGACUCCGAAGGCGAAGAAAUCGACGUCGUGACGGUGGAGAAGAGACGCUCUCUGGACAUCCGAAAGCCAGUCACCAUCACGGUGCGAGCAGACCCCCUGGACCCCUGCAUGAAACACUUCCACAUCUCCAUCCACCAACAGCAGCACAACUAUGCUGCCCGCUUUCCACCAGAAAGCUGCUCUCAGGAGGUUGCUCCUGAGAGGGGUCCCCAGGAAGAGGCUCCAGAGAUAGAAGCUCCCAAGGAGAAAGAGGAGGAAGAGGAAGAAGAGGAGGAGGAAGAGAUUGUGAGCCCCCCACCUGUAGAAAGCGAGGCCCCCCAGUCCUGCCACCCCAAACCUGUCAGUUCUGAUACUGAGGAUGUGACCAAGAGGAAGAACCAUAACUUCUUGGAACGAAAAAGGAGGAAUGACCUCCGUUCGCGGUUCCUGGCCCUACGGGACCAGGUGCCCACCCUGGCCAGCUGCUCUAAGGCCCCCAAAGUCGUGAUCCUAAGCAAGGCCUUAGAGUACUUGCAAGCUCUGGUGGGGGCUGAAAAGAAGAUGGCUACGGAGAAAAGGCAGCUCCGGUGUCGGCAGCAGCAACUGCAGAAAAGAAUCGCGUACCUCAGUGGCUACUAACCGACCAAAAAGCCUGACUUCUUUGUCAUACACACACACAAGUUUAUUUUUUAACCUCUCUCUCCCUUUUAGUAAUUUGCACAUUUUGGUUACAGCGGGGGCAGUCUGGACAGUAGAUCCCAGAAUGCAUUGCAGCCAGUGCACACACAAUAAGGGCUUGCAUUCUUGGAAACCUCGAAACCCAGCUCUCUCUCUUCCCUGACUCAUGGGAGUGCUGUCUUUUCUGGCGCCUUUGGCUUCUCAGCAGGCAGCUGACUGAGGAGACUUGGGGUCUGCCUCACUCACUAGCUCUGGAGAAAAGGCUGACAGAUGCUAUGCAACAGGUGGUGGACGAUGUCAGGGGCUGCAGCCUGCAUGAAAUCUCACACUGUGCUAGAGCUUUGGGCUAGGAAAGGAUGCUGCCCCCACUGGUGUCUCUGGGGAUGAUGCAAGGACAGCUGGGCCUGGAUACUGUCCCCGAGGCUCUGUGUUCCAGGAGACAAGUGAGCUGUCCUGGGUGAAGACUAGCUUGCAGACUUGAUCAGCAUGGACCAUUACCUCACUGUCAGACACUUUACAGUAGCUGAGGGGUGGAAACCUUUAAUUAGCAUAUUAGGCCACACCCUUCCCUCCACUCUCAAUGCUAUGACUUUGAAAACAUUUAAAGGGCUUGGCCUGCGGAGUCUUUGUCUCAGAGCUCUCUGGGCCAUCUCAGAGAGAGACUUGUCUAUCCUCACAAGGGAUUGUUUUUGUUUCUUUCUGCCUUUGUUAAUGCAAUGGGCACCACAGCACCCUUUCAUACAGAUCAGAAAUAUUUCUCCAGGACGCAGGAAAAUGGGUCAUGGGGAAGACUUGGCAUCCUGGCUUACGAACAUGCUCCUUGCCCAGGUAUUUUCUGCAGGGCCAUUUGAAGCCCAGCUUGGAACCUUCUCUCAAGGCAGAUAUAAGGCGCUUCAGAAGGAAGUGCCUGACCACUUCCUCUUUCCCACCUGCCUCUCAAGUCAGUUCUUGACUUUGUCUAAAUUCUGCUGGAACAGUGUAAACCUGUCCUUCUUGAGCAACUUCAAGGAGUUUGCUGGCUCCGCAGCCACCAUCCGGGUCCCCCGAGCCACACACUUCCUUUCCCCAGAAUCUGGGCCUUACAGAUACCCUGAGGGGAGCCGCUUGGAUUCAUCAGGUGCACCGGAAGGUACACUCACUUCCUGGUGGGCUGACCAGGUCCCUCUAGAAGCGCUGCUCAGCUAACUAGGGUAGAUAGGGGUUUGCUCCAGCUGUGUUUUGCAGCACCAGGUGGGGUCUAGGUACAGUCCUCAAUGGGGACAGUCACCCAAGCUAGCACCGGCCAUGUGGGCAUCCUCAGGAGAUCCUAAGCUUUGCCUGAAAGAAGAGUCAACCUUUUCAGAACUCUGCCCUGGGAGGCAGAUCACUUUCUGCUGGCCCUGGGUUUGGAAGUAGGGGAACAGUUAGGGGGACAGAGAGUAAAUAAUACCCGUGGCUCUCCAAAACCAGCUAACACUUCCAAAGUGGCCGGCCAUGAUGGCCCCAGAGAGUCUCAGAGGUAGCUUUGGAAGAAACUGUUCUGCCUGAUGGGACAGGACUUUCAGGCACCAAGGGACUGCUGGGACUAUGUUGGGAGGACAGUGGGGAACAGGCUACUGAAGACUCAUCUGAACGGCUUGUGUUUUAUAAGCUGCUGCUGGGUUACGUGCUGUGGGGAGUCUUUUUUUUUUUUUUUUUUUUUUUAAUACUGUAUUUUUGUAUGCUUUUUGCAAAGUGGUGUUAACUGGUUUUGUACAAGAAAAAAAAAAAAACACAAAAAAAACUCCUGUUGCAAGGGUCUGGUUUAUUUUGAAAGGCAAGUUUACCUGAAAUUUUGUAUUUAGUUGUAAUCAUUAAUUGCUUGAUUUUAAACUGUUGCCUUCUGGGACAUCUUCUAAUAAAAGAUUUCUCAAAACUG